GUUGCAAAUUAAUUCGGUUUCUGGAGAGUUUUGGUAUUUUCCUUCUUGUACAUCUUCCGCCGUUAAAUAUCUAAAUCAGCCUUUAUUUAUCAUUUCUUUUGUUUUUUUUUUUUACGACCAUGACCAAAAAUAUCAGUGCAGGUGCAGCCGAAUCCACACCUAAAACCGUUGCAUUCACUCCUUUGACUUUGAGAGGUGUGACCUUUCACAACCGUAUAUGGGUACCUCCCAUGUGUAUGUUCUGUGCUGUUGAUGGCAUGGCCGAUGACUUCCACUUUGUCCAUUAUGGAUCACUGGCUAUUCGCGGUCCCGGCUGCAUUGUCAUGGAGGCUACUGCUGUGUCUCCGGAGGGUCGUAUUUCCCCUGGUUGUCUAGGAUUGUGGAAGGACGAACAGAUCAGCCCGAUGAAACGGAUUGUCGACUUUGCUCAUUCAUACGGCCAAAAAAUUGGUAUCCAAUUGGCUCAUGCUGGCCGGAAGGCUAGCUGUACACGUGGUGUUUGUAACCAUCUUGUUGACGAGUCGGAGGGCGGCUGGCCAAAUAAUGUAUACGGUCCUACCGAUGUCCCCUUUCAAGAGGGUUAUGCAAAACCUAAGGCAGCCUCAAAGGCCGACCUCAAGCGCAUCCAUGACGACUUUGUCAGUGCAACAAAGCGCGCGGUAACCGCUGGUUUUGACUUUGUCGAGAUUCAUGGAGCUCAUGGUUAUUUCCUAUCUUCUAUGAGCUCUCCUGCUUCAAACACUCGUACCGAUGAGUACGGUGGCAGUUUUGAAAACCGUGUCAAGUACCCUCUUGAGGUUACGAACUCUAUCCGCAAGAUUAUUCCUGAGGACAUGCCAUUGUUUUACCGUAUCAACGGUACCGACUGGCUUGAACCCGGCAAGGGUUGGGAGGUGACUGACUUGGUCAAAAUGGCUAAAUUAUUGAAAGAUGCCGGUGUCGAUUUCUUAAAUGUCAGUACUGGUGGCGCCGACUCUGCCCAACAAAUUCCCGUGAAACCCUUCUUUCAAGUUCCUUUCGCCGAGGCCGUCAAGAAAGCGGUUCCUGGAUUGGCUGUUGGCACCGUCGGUUUGUUCUGCGAUGGAAAAUCUAUUGAAAGCGUUUUGAAGGAGGAAAGAGCUGACGUCGUAUUCGUUGGACGCGCUCAUUUGCGCAAUCCUGCCGCCGUGAGUGCAUUUGCUACUGAGCUUGACGAACCAAUUGUUUUAGCACCCCAGUACAUUAGAAGUGUGCGUAGACGUCAUUAAUUUUUUUUAUUGCCAUAAUAGUAUGUACUAGGUGUAUUAGGACCGAAAUGAACAAUAACAACAGCAAGCUUGGAUUUGUAGUACAGGGCACACGUUACAGCGGGUUAGUAGUUCGACUACUUAGAAGGUGCGACAUGA